CUGGUUCUGGUUCAGAGUGCCGUGCAAUACGUGGCCUGGGUAUGUCUCGGGCUGAGGACCUCAGAGCGGAGCUAUUGAGGGCUGAACAUCUGAAAGCUGAGGCCUUGUGGGAGGAAAACUGUGAUGGGUCUAGAAAGCUGGAUGGGCGGCCAAAGCUCUUCCUACGUCGCUUCUUUUCCUCCAUUGGCCUGAACAGCGUCGGUAGGCUUGUGAAAGGAGGUCGCUCCAGUAGUAUGGAACAGCUCAGUAUACCCACUGCCCCCCGGGCGAGCUCAACAUCACCAAGCCCCACACGGAGACCGCAGCCCACUAUCCGCAUACAGAGGACACCCUCCCUGCAGACGCUGAAUACGGUGCUGCCACUGGCCCAGCUGCGUAAAGCCUCCUCUGUGCAGAGUUUAGAGAGAAGAACAGAGCGUUCAACGAUACUUGGGGAGGUGCAAAUACCAUACGGCCUGGCACUCAGCCCUGACAGCCCUCAGCUUGAGCUUCACAGGGCCUUGAGCGUUGAAGAUGUACUUCCCUCUAGAAUCGCACGUCCGGUGGGCCGGGUCACUCAGGCUUUCCCCGAUGGGAGUAUCCUCCUGGAGCUCAUCAAACCCCCAAACGGUCCUUAUGGUUUUGUUAUUUCAAGGGGCAAAGGUCGACCAGACACAGGUGUAUAUGUUGAAAAAGUGGGUGAUGGCAGCGGAGAAGGCCCGUACGUAGGCCUCCUUGGCAUCGGUGACGAAAUUCUGCAGGUGAAUGGAGAAGCAGUGGCCGGACUCACUUUAGACCAGGUGACGCGCCUCAUGACCAGGGAAAGCACUGCUUCCCUUCGAAUCAUGCCCGCUCGACGCAAUCAGCGCUGAUUGACAGGACAGGCAUGGCACACAGCCACUUCUCCUGGAGACACGCAGAGUAACUGACUGCUACAAACACUGCGGACUGACUGCAACAAAUGGUAGACGUGCUGUAGUCAGUGCAGCACACUUGCAAAUGCGUAGGUGGAAAAACAGGGUGAGGGCUUCGUUUCUCAUAGUGCAAAUCAACGUUAAAUUAUGUGGCAUCACAAAGGAUUGCAAUAGAAACAAAAGCACAUUACAUACAAAUCCAACCGUGCACAGAGUAGGCAAGUUAGAAAAGUUUAAUGUAUUUGAAAGUUAAGAAAAAUUCAAACCUAAUACGAUUUCAAUUUGUAAAAUGAUUUAUUUUCUUCUUCUUUUUUAGUUGUCGUGAAUUUUUCUUGUGAUUCAUUUUGCUCUUUAUGUCACACAGAGCAUGAGAUCUCAAAUGGUUAGUGAUUGGAAUUGUAUUUUGUCACUUAUUUGAAAUUGUAUACAGAUAUAUAUUUUUUAAGUACUGUUGCUUAUUUAUUUAUUGGUCAAAUAAUUGAUUAUCUGUAGGGGUGUGGCACAUGCUUGAUCAAUAGACCCUUGAGCUGGUGUGUAAAGAAAGAAAACAAAUAAUUAUCUCAUUUUGGGUUUGUUUUUUUUCCUUCAGUACAUCAUAUUUCCCUGGGGCUCUGUAUGGUCUCUUCAUUUUGCUUGUGUUGUAUCAAGUACUCUUUUAUGAACCGGGUGCCGUUUUGCUUCUAAAUAAAAUAAUAUAGAGAUUUA